GCCGUUUCCCACCAAGAACAUCCGGGGCCAGGGCAAUGCGGUUCCUUUGCCUGCUCACAUCUAUGUGCUUGGCCCAAGAAUGUUCCAUCACCAAGCAGAUAUAUAUCGCGUACGAGCGGCCGAUUACCUCCCUUGCACUUCAAUGCCCUCAGAACGUGUUUCCCUCUCCCUCUCUUCAGGCCCUUCUCUUAGUUCGUUGAGAUAGCUCGGUCUUACUGACCCUACUAGCUUGAGAGUGUCCGGCCUAAUCCAUCUUGGAUCGGUGAACGACGCCGAACUUCAAUGUCUGCGGCAUUUAUUCGUGCGGCGCAGAUCAAGCAGACGGUGACAUACCUUGACCUCGUUGCUGCAGCCGUUUUGGGUUAUGAUUACUGCUUGACCUUCCGUCGAGAGGUUAAAUAUGUCUGGACUUCGCAUCUAUCCUUAGGGAAGGUUUUAUUCUUCCUAACACGAUACCCCGUCUUUGGGGAGACAGCCUUGGUCUUAUACCACCAGUUCGCUGUAAUGGGACCCGAAAAAUGUGACAUCAUCUACAAGACGAUCGGUUAUCAGCUCGGGACAGGGACCUUCAUAGCGGAGAGUAUACUCGCUAUGCGAACAUGGGUGUUGUGGCACCGGAACCCUUACAUUGGAGUGGCCUUGAUUUGUGGGCUUGUAUUAUUCUGGACGCCUGUAUUUUAUUUUCUUCAGGAGUCUCUGAACUCCCUCGUAUUCACGACCGCUCCCGAGCCAGACACACCAGGGUGUUUUCUUUUGACGCAAAAGAACAUCUUGUUUGCCGUUUUCGUCCUUAUCACUUCUUUCGAAACCCUCAUUCUAACGCUCACCCUGAUCCGCUUUAUUCCUCUCGUCCACCACAAGAAAACGUCCCUCAUUAAAGUUAUUUACCGAGACGGCAUUAUGAACUAUUUUUAUCUAUGCAUCCUAUCAAUAUGCAAUGUUGUUGUACUUCUAACUGCCCCGCGCGGCUACUCAACUCUCCUCAGCGCACUUCAACGCGUCAUGCAUUCCGUCUUAUCUGCCCGCGUACUCCUUCACCUACGAGAAGCCGUAUCCAAGCCAACCACCUUUGGAACCCAGGAAAUCACCGGUCUUGAGACUUAUAGCGUACCAAACACACGACUGCGCUUUGAAGCAGCUUCAAGUUUCUUCAUGGGUCCAGAAGAUGGUGCAUAUCCGAUGCGGGAUCUGCGGGUUUCACGCAGUGAGCGGCGACACCCGCAGCUAUCAGAAGAUGAGGAUGAUUGGGAGGCAACGUAGCCCGUUUUCUUUCUCAUUUUUAGACCGUUUCACCAUUGGUGGUGGACCGUUUCAAUGUUUGUCCCUUUACUGUAGUAGCUGUAUCGCUUUCACGCUCUUUCAUGAUGUACUUUUUCCUCCGUGCCCACCAGGUUC